ACUGACUCUGGCUUGGGCUGCACGCAGGUUUGAGAAGAUGGUGGGCGGCUUGUACCUGGGAGAGAUCAUCCGGCAUGUGCUGAUCUCCCUGGCUGCUGAGAAAGAGCUCUUCAUUGGAAGCAAUGUUGUUGUCCUGAGGACCAAGGGUGUGUUCAAGAUGCAGCAGAUCAUGGAGAUCAUUGAAAGUGAGCAAGGCACAGCUGAGGCAAAGAAGGCUCUGGAGGCUCUGGGGCUGCAUCCGAGCGAGCAGGAUUGCUGCCGGGUGCAGCAGGUCUGCCGGGCGGUGGUGAGCCGUGCCGCCGCGCUCUGUGCCGCAGGGCUGUCUGCCGUUCUCAGCUACAUGUGCCAGAGCAGGAUGCUGGAGCAGCUGGCAGUCAGCGUGGCAGUGGAUGGUGAACUCUACCACCACUGCAGCAGGUUCAAAGAGAUCCUGCAGAACGUGACAGAGCUGCUGGCCCCUGAAUGCACAGCCACCCUCGUGCCUUCGGUGGAUGGGAAUGGGCGGGGGGCAGCCAUUGUCACAGCAGUGUCCUUGCGCCUGAUGGCCCAGCACCAGGAGGUGAACCAGCUGCUGGCCCCGCUGCGGCUCAGCCGCGCUGACCUGGAGCGUGUCCAGGCGCUUAUGAGGCAGGAGAUGGAGCUAGGGCUGGGCCAGGAGACCAGUGCCACUGCCUCUGUCCGCAUGCUGCCCACCUAUGUCCGUGGCACGCCCAACGGCACUGAGCAAGGUGAAUUCCUGGCACUGGACCUGGGGGGGACCAAUUUCCGGGUGCUGGUGGUGCACGUGUCGGAGGAUGGCAUCCGCAUGGCCAACCAGAUCUACGUCAUCCCAACUGCUAUCAUGCAGGGCACUGGCGAGGCGCUCUUUGACCACAUCAUCGAGUGUAUCAUGGAUUUCCAGCAGAAACAGGGCCUGAUGGAGCAGGUUUUACCACUUGGCUUCACCUUCUCCUUUCCCUGCCAGCAGAUGGGCCUGGAUAAGGCAGUGCUGCUGAACUGGACCAAAGGCUUCAGUGCCUCAGGCUGUGUGGGCCAGGAUGUGGUCCAGCUGCUGAGGGAGGCAGCCCAGCGCAAACAGCACUCGGGGCUGGAGGUGGUGGCUGUGGUCAAUGACACAGUGGGAACGAUGAUGUCCUGUGGCUAUGACGACCCCAAAUGUGAAAUCGGCCUCAUUGUGGGUGACACCAGCAUGGGACCCACAGGGACAGGGACCAAUGCCUGCUACAUGGAGGAGAUGUGUAACGUGGGUACCGUGGAGGGGGACCAGGGCCGCAUGUGCAUCAACAUGGAGUGGGGAGCCUUUGGGGACAACGGCUGCCUGGAUGACUUCUUCACUCACUUUGACCAGCUAGUGGAUGAGAAAGCCAUCAAUGCGGGCAAGCAGAGGUAGGUGAGGGCCCCACGGUGAGGAGGGGGCUGGCUGGGGGUGCCUGUUCCUGGCUAAAGCUGUGCCUGGGGCAGGUUUGAGAAGCUCAUCAGCGGCAUGUACCUGGGUGAGAUUGUACGCCACAUCCUGCUGGCGCUGGUGGAGAAACAGCUCCUGUUCUGUGGCAAGCCCUGCCCCAAGCUCCAGACCAAGGACAUCUUUCAGACUAAGUUCCUCUCUGCUAUUGAGACGGAAGGGCUGGCCCUGAAGCAGUUACAGACCAUCCUGCAGGAGUUGGAGCUCGAGGCCAGUUCUGAGGACAUCGUGGUUGUGCGGGAGGUCUGCCAGACCGUGUCCCUGCGAGCAGCCCAGCUCUGUGCUGCCGGCCUGGCUGCUGUGGUGGAAAAGAUGCGGGAGAGCCGGGGCCUGUCCCAUCUGGCUGUCACCGUGGGGGUGGACGGCACCUUGUACAAGAUGCACCCACACUUCUCCCAGCACCUUCAGGAGAUGCUGCGGGAGCUGGCGCCCAAUUGCACCGUCACCUUCCUGCUGUCAGAGGACGGCUCAGGGAAAGGGGCUGCGCUUGUGGCAGCCGUGGCCUGCCGUGGGGCUGAGCCCUAGGGAGGGCCACCACUGUCACCCUAAU